AUGACCGACCAGUGGUCUCAAUUAAACGAGAAGCUCGCCAGUUACCCGUACGUCGACGGGUACACCAUCAGCGACCGGGACUUUGAAGUGUUCAAGAGCGUCCCGAUACCUGCUCAACCAUCUGACCAAAACGGGUGCUCCUUCAACUCGAUCGCGCUAGCGGAAGAGCUUGGUCUUGAUCACCAGAAGCUGAUCGGCGCCGUGAAGAGUCUGAUCGCGCAGGAUGGCCUGGUCACCGUGUCCGAGACAUCCGAGAAGCGGACCGAGCUGACCAACGAGGGACAGGAAAUGGCGACAAAUGGCUCGCACGAAUACAACGUGUUCGUAGCGAUUGGUGACGAAGGGUUGCCCCAGGGAGAACUCAUGAAGUUGCCAAUCGGCAAAGUGGGCAUGGCGAAGGCGAUAGCUGCAAAAUGGAUCGCUACCGAGAAGAAUGGCGCCGAGGUUCGGUUGGUUCGCGAACAAUUGGAACAAAUCAGCCUUGGCCAAGAGGUCGACGCAAAAGAUAAGACCGAGCUGAAGAAGCGCAAGCUCAUCAAUGAGGUUACGGUUAGAGGGCUGAUUGUCGAGAAGGGACCCAACUUCACGACGGAAAUCGUCAAACCUGAACUCGAUCUGACCGCAGAAAUGAUUCAAAGCGGUAGCUGGAAGGAGAAGACCUUCAAGAAGUACAACUUUGAAGCGCUUGGAGUACAGCCCUCCAGUGGUCACCUACACCCAUUGAUGAAGGUCCGCGCCGAGUUCCGACAAAUUUUCUUCCAAAUGGGCUUCACCGAAAUGCCGACGAAUCGCUACGUGGAGAGCUCGUUCUGGAAUUUCGACGCACUCUUCCAGCCUCAACAACAUCCAGCUCGCGAUGCGCACGACACUUUCUUCAUUUCAGACCCUGCAAUCAGCACCAAGUUCCCCACGGAUUAUUUGGAACGAGUGAAGACGGUCCAUUCCAAAGGCGGCUUCGGCUCAAUCGGGUAUAAUUAUGAUUGGAAGCUGGAAGAGGCCCAGAAAAUGUACUGCGCACUCAUACGACGGCCGUCUCUGCACGUCAACUCUAUUCUC